AUCAUAGUUGUAACUAACUUGUUAGUACCUUUUGCAGGUCCAAAUAGUCUUGUUGAGGACUUGAGGCAAAGGAAUGGCAACAAAGACAAGGGACAUUGCACCUAUAGUAAAGGCCAAGAGGAGCCCCAACACAUCUAAGACAAAGUCUCUUGUACACACAAAUGCCAUUAAUCUUAUUGCCUCAAAUAGGAAAAAUACCUAUCUCAAGUCCAAAGUAUCUUCUAGUCCUGAUAAAACUCAAGGCAAGAAACCAACACCAUCAACUUAUCCCAACAUUCACCAUAAACAAACUCUAAAUCAUAGAACAUCGACCGAUAAACCUCCAUCUAGUUUUGAUAGUAUUCAAGUCAAGAAGAACCCAACCUUGUCGAAUGAUCUCAACAUUGUCCACAAUAAACCAAAUGUAGCUCGAGGAAGUUUGUUCGAUAAUAGGCCUUCCUUACCUUCUAGUCUUGACAAUGCUCAAGGCAAGAAGCUAGCCUCAUCAUCAUGUGUUCCUACUAGCAUUCACAAUAAACAAACUCUAGCUCAAAGAAGAUUAUCGUUCGAUAAUAGGCCUUCUCAAUCUUCUAGUCUUGAUCAUAAUACUCAUGGCAAGAAGCUAGCCUCAUCAAUUAGUGAUUCCAACAUUUACAACAAGCAAACACUAGCUCGAAGGAGAAUGUCUUUCGAUCAUAGACCUCCCCUAUCGUCUUUUCGUGAUAAUAGUCCUCAAAGCAGGAAACUAGUCCAAAAAAGUGAGCACAACAUUCAUAGGAAACAAACUCCAACACGAAGAAGAUUAUCGAUCGAUCAUAAGCCUCCCCUGCUAAAAAACAGAACAUCAUCUAAUCCUAGGGAGAGAAUUCUCAAACCACCCAUGUCAUCUUCAAGUAAGAAUUCCACUUCUCAAAAACCCCUUUUGAAUAAAUUGCCCAAAACACCUCAUACUAGUAGUAAGGAUGUUACUGGAAAACAACAUGGUGUUGGCCUCUAUGCUAAGGCAGUGGACAUGAACAAAACUAUCACGAAGAAGCAAGAUAGUCAUGUUGGUUUAACAUCUAAGGAAUUCAUCAUAACAUCUAAUCUGACUGAUAUCGUUGCGAGUAGUAUUGAUCCUCAUGAGGGUAAAGAGUUGGUAAAAGAGGAACACCAAGAACUAGUCAUUGAAGAUCAUGGAGAGCUAAGUGAAAUAGUAAACAUUGAUGAAUACCUCAAGGCUGUUGAAUCAUCCUCAUUAUAUGUUGUGGAAAAUCAAGAAGUCAUCAAGAUGGAAGUACCAGAAGAAGAACAACAACUAUUGGUUGAAGAAACAAGCAUCAUCAAUAACCAUAAAGAAGUAGAAGAAAUCAAGAAUCCUGAGCCUAGUAAUCAUGAUCUUGAAAAAAUCGAAAAACAAGAAAACGAGAAUCAAGAAGAGAAAGAUCAAGAAAAUGAAAUACUAUUAAAAGAAUUGGAUGUGAAGAUUGAUGAAGAAGAGAAAGGGGAAAGUGAAGGAAGAAACAUGAAAGGAAAGGAAGAGAAUAACAAAACUACAAUGGCAUUUGCAAAGGCAUAUCCACAUUUGGUGCAUAAGAAGGAAAGUGUAGUAUCUAAUGAUGUGAUUGAAGAGACAGCAAGUAAACUUAGAGAGCAAAGGAAGAAUAGGGUGAAAGCAUUGGCUAGUGCCUUUGAAACUGUCAUCUCUUUGCAAGAUCCCAAGUGAGUUUACUCUAAUUGUAUGAAUCAUUAUUCAUUGUUAUAUGUAUGCUUUUUAGUUUUCCCAAAAAGAAGUCUACUAAUUGGUCUAAAAUCUUUUAAAUGGACAUUGUUACAACUUUUCUUACAUUUGUUUUGGGCAAAUAUGAAGAAAACACACAAAAUGUGGAGCAAUUGCUAAUUCUAAUG